UUUCACAGACUCUUUAGCCUGAAUACAGGCCAAUUUUUUUUUUUUCCUUUUUUUAUUGCAGGCAUCCUAUUAACAUUUGAACACUAAAGCUCAGCCAGGAAUGGAAAGAUUCUGGAAUUUGGGGAUCCUUAGUUUUCCACUUUUUUGGUACAUAAUUGUUUUUUAUUUUUUAAUUUAAAAAAUAACAGGGUUUUGAAUCAGAUGCUCUCUAUCUUUGAUCUUAAAUUAUUUUAACAUCAUGAAGAACAAGUUAAGAAAAUCUAAAUAAACUACUUUCUUACCCACAAAGUGACCAUCUUAAAAGAAGACUUUUGAAGCUUGGUGGAUGAUUUUUUCACUUGCUGUACACUGAAACACCGUAAGAUACUGAAACCUGAAAUGGAGAUUUAUUUACCAUUGUUGAAAGACCAGCUGUUCAGCAAUGAAUAGUUAAAUAAUUUUUUUUAACCUUAAAAGUAGUUGGCUUGCAGUUUCAAGACAAAUUUGUCAUAUCUAGCUAGACAAAUUACUGAAGUUCUUUUGCCUUAAUCUCUGGACUUGGAUGUGACAUGCGGUAGAGUAUGAAACUGUUUUUUAACUGUGGGAAAAAUAACUCUUUGGAUUUGGUAGGAUGUUAUUACAAGCAAGUUUACUGCUCUUUGAUUUGCUGAACUGGAGACUGCCUUCAGGAAUGCUAGAAGAUGACCUCAAGUUAAGUAGUGAUGAAGAAGAGAAUGAUCAGCAGGCAGCACAGAGAUCUACUCUCCGCGUUCUAUCUGACAGCACUGGCGUGCAACAGCCCAAUAGCAGAACCUCAGGACUCUCCAGCAAGGGGUCAAGCAGCAGCAGCUCCAGUGAAUCCGAGAGCAGUUCAGAGUCUGAUUCAGAGAGUGAAAGCAGUUCUAGUGAGAGUGACGGCAGCAAGCCCUCUCAUUACUCCAGCCCAGAGCCUGAACAACCAUCAUCAAACAAGUGGCAACUGGAUAAAUGGCUAAAUAAAGUUAAUCCUCACAAAACGCCUAUUCUUAGCCAAAAUGAUAACCAUGGACUGGAGAGUAAUCAGUAUUACAGCAGGAUAAAGGAGGAAGGACAGGAGUGUGAGAAAUUACCAGAUAUUUGCCAAACAGACCUCAGAGACAAAGAAAUUAAGAAUGCCAGCAAAGAGGAGCUGAGGCCUAGAACUGCUAAUAAAGCACCAGGCAAUAAAGGAGGGAAGCAGAAAUCACCUCUCGCUGCUGUUGCUGCUGCUUCUGGAGACAGCGGCCCUCAGAGAAAGCCAAUCUGUAAAAAACAGCCAAGAAGGACAGAGAGGACCUCUGGUGGAGAUGCUUUGAACUGCCAUACAUCUGAGGAUCUCACCCUGAGCCAAGGAUUUUUAGAAAAUAACAUCUGUGAGCAACCUAAAGCCAGGCCCUGCAGCAACAGAACUGGGCACAGGAAAGAGCCCCGCUCUGUCACUACAUGCGAAAAGAGACGUACCCGGGGGCCAAGCAAAACAGCACCUAAAUCCAGGGAAUUUAUCGAGACAGAGUCUUCAUCAUCCUCCUCUUCCUCCGAUUCAGAUUCAGAAUCCGAACAAGAGGACUAUUCUCUCCCUAAACCUCAGACUGUGGCCUCUGCUUCAGCUGGAAAUGACCAGAGGUUGAAGGACUCUGGGAGCAGUAACUCCAACAAAACCAACAGCAGCUGCAGUGCCUUUGGCUCCAUUAAUGCCAGGACUAGUAAUGAAAUAGCAAAGGAGCUGGAGGAACAAUUUUACACCCUGGUUCCUUUUGGUAGGAAUGAGCUCCUGUCUCCUCUGAAAGACAGCGAUGAGGUAAAAUCACUGUGGGUCAAAAUUGAUUUGACUCUUUUGUCCAGGAUUCCAGAGCGUUCACCUGAGGAGCCAUUGGCAAUGAGCACUGGAGCAAAAGAAGUAGCCAGCAUUCACCAGAAUAACAGUAUUGACCCACCAGCGGAAAAGGUUUUACCAAAAUCUAGAAGGAAACGCAAGUGUGAAAAUGAAGAGGAGCACAGGGAGAGCAAGAAGCCUCAUUUAGAGCGAGAGUGUUCUUCACGAUUAAUUGCCUCUGCCCAAAGUAUUUCAACAACAAAUCAUUGCAACAUAAAUGAAAAUAGCUUGGCAAUACCAAUAAAUAAAAAUGAGAAAAUGCUUCGGUCACCCAUCUCACCCCUCUCGGAUGCAUCAAAACACAAAUACUCCAGCAAUGAUUUAACUUCUUCCAGUAGACCUAAUGGCAGCAGUCUGUUACCUUCCAUCUCCUCCAGCAAAAAACAUAAGGGUGAAAUCCAGUCACAGCAACAUCCUGGAGAUUUCAAUAAAGCAAUUCAUAUCAAUUCAGAAAAUGUUCUCUGCAAUAAGCCACAGUUCCAAACAGAGCCAUGGUCACCUUUAUCCAAUGCACCGAGGGACUGCAGAAGAACAAAGCUUGUCUUCGAUGAUAUGCCACGCAAUGCAGAUUACUUUAUGCAAGAAGCUAAACGGAAGAAACAUAAAGCAGAUGCAAUGGUGGAGAAAUUUGGAAAGGCACUUAAUUAUGCUGAAGCAGCAUUGUCAUUUAUUGAAUGUGGAAAUGCUAUGGAACAAGGCCCCAUGGAAUCUAAAUCCCCUUAUACAAUGUACUCAGAAACAGUUGAACUUAUCAGGUAUGCUGUGAGACUAAAAACCCACUCAGGCCCUAACGCCACUCCGGAGGACAAACAGCUCGCAGCAUUAUGUUUCCGCUGCUUGGCCCUUCUGUACUGGAGAAUGUUCCGACUCAAAAGAGACCAUGCUGUAAAGUAUUCAAAAGCACUUAUUGAAUAUUUCAAGAAUUCAUCAAAAGCUGCACAGGCCCCAUCCCCCUGGGGUGCCAGUGGAAAGAGCACAGGAACUCCAUCCCCCAUGUCCCCAAGUCCUUCUCCAGUCAGCUCUGUAGGAUCCCAGGGGAGCACCGGUACCCCUUCCCCUUCCUCCAUCAUCAGCAUUCCCCAGCGUAUUCAUCAGAUGGCUGCCAAUCAUGUCAGCAUCACCAACAGCAUCUUGCACAGUUAUGACUACUGGGAGAUGGCUGACAAUCUGGCCAAGGAAAACAGAGAUUUUUUUAAUGACUUGGAUGCAUUGAUGGGACCUGUCACCUUGCACAGCAGUAUGGAGCAUUUAGUUCAGUAUACUCAACAAGGACUUCACUGGGUGCGGAAUAGUGCUCACUUGUCAUAAUGACUGUGUGCCAUUCAAAGGGACUGUGUACUCUCCCAUGGACAAUUCAGUUAUUCUGGACACUGUGCUACAGAAAUAAUCUACCACAGCAUUGAUCCAAACAAAGGUGACUAUUUCUUCAACAUUGAACAAUAUUUUUCAGAGUGUAGACAUGUAUGUGUGUGUAUAUAUUAUAUACAGCUGUGUCCCUGCAUUGUUCCAUAAUAGUCAUCAAGCAUCUUCAUACUAGAGACAAAUCUGAUCACACUUGCAUUUAGUGCAUAAACACACUGUUUCUAUUCUUGUGUUUGGAAACCAAAAUCUUAUGGGCUAAUUGGAACAAGUACAAUAAGCGCAAUGGCCUCUAUUCAAGAAGGCACUUUAGUAUGUGUUUAACUUGAAGCAUGUGCAUAAAUCCAGUUGACUUCAAUAAAACUUAAGCAGAUAUGUAAGUGGGAUCCUGAACUGGAGUGCUUUCUUGAAUCAGGGCCAAGAGGAGGUUGACUGGCAGUUGGGAUGCACAUUCACUUGUUAUUACCCAAUUGGGCUGGAUGGAUAAACUGCAUAAACUAUUAACAAUAUGGAGAGGGAAGCAUAGCUUUUUGUGCAUGCAUUUCUCUAUUUCCCUAUUUUUAAAGUAUAUUGUCUCUUGCUGAGCCUCUUUAUGAACAUCAUCAAGCAAACAACCAACAUACAUGAAAAAUAUGUAUGUUGACAGCAAGGAACUAGAAGGGAUUCUGGAAAGCUGUGUACUGGUAUUGAAAGCAAAUAGUUAAAACAAAAAUAUGACAAACUGCAACUCAUUUAGAAAGAACAUGUUUUUAUUACACAUGCACAUAUACCAGUAAUAUUUGUUUGCUUUGUGUAGGAAGGCAUCACUUUACUGCCUCCCGUUUUCAUAUCUUUUUCAUCCUAAAGUAGCCUGCUUGCACAGUUUCUUCUCGGCUGUAUCAAGCCAUCACAGGCAAUUCUCUUUUAUCUAGAAACCAGACUUUGCUACUCACUAGACUAAGAAUGGAUUCCUAUCAUAAUCCCCUCACUCUUUAUACAUAAUCCUCAUCUAGGCUUUAAUGUUUCUUGAUUUAUGGGGUGUUUUCAGCUUCUGUUGACAAGCUAUAUGUUUCAUGCUAAGGGAAUUAAUCCUGCAAUAACUGCAAUUUAAUUUGGGUCAGUUGAGGUCAGGGGCAAUUAAUAUCUAUUGUGUUUUUAGUUUAGUGUUGGGGGGGGGGCGUUGCUUAAUUUCAUUUUCAUUCAUCUGCUCCCACGUGCUAGUUUUCUUUGUUUUUCUCCAAAAUUAAAUGUUAUUGGCUAUUUUGCGACCAGUUGUGCAGCCCCUACUGCUGCGUGUGGCUGCAUUGACUCAGUUGGAAUGUUAAUUUAAGAGCCACCAAAUGGGCCUUUUUGUUGUCACCUUCUGGUUUAUUUUAUACUGAUAUUAGUGUUAAGCAGGUCCGUCCCCCUCCCAAAAGCAACCCUGCCAAUAGCUACUGGUUAACAAAAAAAAAACAGCCUCUUUCUAAUAUAUAGGCCCACUGCUCCUUUUUUCUUAUUCUAAUAAAUUAUGUUAGAAACCAUUACAUCAAAUGAUCUGGUACUUUUUCUCAUUAAACAAGAUUUGUGGUAGCACAAUAUCUGCCAGUCUUUAGUCUGGUUGUUGCAUGUUGCAAAGGAAAUACCAAUAGUUUGGAAAUGUUACUUGAUCUGAUUACUACCUGAUCCCUGGUUGUAAAGACUGCCAGGAUUUAUUAAACUAGGCAGCAGUUUAAGUUAUCUUAAUACUGUGAGCUAUUUUGGCCCUGCUAGGAGAGCAGGGAGAAUUGUCCGUCAAAUCAGAUAAAUGAAAUGCCUGUUAGAUUUACUUCUGCUUUCUUUGAUGGUGGCUCUGACAUUUGUCUUUUGAUAAGCUCUUGUGUUUGCUGUUUUAUGUUGGUAAAACAUAGAAGCAAUGUAUAUGCCUUGCCUUACACAGAUUUUAGUUUCAUCAUACACUUGGCAUUUUAGGUUCAUGUAUGGAAAUGUACAUCAUUUAUUUUAUUAGAAUUGCGGACAGUUUUUUCUAAUCAUGAUGAACCUUUAGAAUAUGUAUGGAUCUAAUAUGUACAAUAAGGUUUUAGAAGGAAGAGUUAAUGUCCUUUUGGUUUAACAUGUUUCCUGACUACUAAGCAGCUCUUGUAGAUUUUUGUCCAUUCUCAUAUGCUGCUCCAUUUAUUCCAGCUAAAAUAAUCAGAUUCCAUGGAAAUGGUGCAUUGUUUUUAGGUCCCUUGCUGGUAUCAGUUCUGUAGAAGAUCUAGUCAGUGCACUGAACUAAUGUUUACACCGUAAUCACUGGUAGUAUGAAAAGGUAACGCUUCCCUAAAGUCAGUGGAGGUGCACCUGUUUAAACCAGCCAGGAAAUCCAACUGAUUGUCUAGGGCAGGGGCAGGCAAAGCCUGGCCUGUAGGCCGGAUGAGGCCUGCAGCCGACUUCAUUUCCCAGCAGCCCUGGCCCACAUUGCAGAGGCUGGUUUCCAUGGAGACCCCAGGAGCAGCGGAACAGUGACAGCACGGGGCCAGGGUUUCCAUGGAAACUAGCCCCAGCAGUGCUGGUCAGGCAGGAGGCUGGUCAGGCAGCUGCUCUGGGUCCAGGAUCUUGUGGUGGUGACAGUGUGGUCUGGAGCUGAGGCAGAACUGCGAUCUGCUGCCCACACAGCCCUGCACAUCUGCACGCACGCAGCGAAUUGCAGUUCUGCCCCAGUGGGAUGUACAGGCAGCAGAUCAUGGCUCUGCCCUGGCACUGGACCACCCUGUCACUACCACAAGGUCCUAGCCCCAUCCCAGAAGCAGUUCCCCACCCAGCCGUGUGCCCUGUCAGCACUGCUGGGGCUGGUCUCCAUGGAAACCCUGGCCCCGUGCUGUCAUUGCCUUGAUGCUCUUGGGGUUUCCAUGGAAACUGGCUGCAGCAACAUGGGCAAGGGCCGCUGGGAAAUGGAGUCCAGGCACCAGCCAGAUCUGCCCAGCCCUGGUCUAGAGCAGUGCUUCUCAAACUAUCUGAUGUGGCGGACCGGCAAUUUUUUUUCCAGUGGGCCAGGGACUGCUUGGAACAGCGCUACACAAAUGCGCGACCGGCUGUUUCUUUCUCUUUCCUCACCUCGCACGACGUGACGUCCCCUGGAGUGUUGGAACGUACGAACUGUGGCGCUAUGACAUAUCAAUGUUAUGCUUCUGAAAAUAUAUUUCUUUCUUUCCUGGCAACUUGCUGCGGACCGGCUACCGGUGGCUCCGCGGACCACCACUUUGAGAAGCACUGUUCAAGAGCACUUCUUCUAGCUGGUCAUUUUGCAGAGAUUAUUGUUUCUUCUGUAUAAACUGUCUUAUGUUACAUGGUAGCUGUUUUUUUAAAUAGCCACCACUGAGUAGGGUGUGGCAACAAAAGACACUUUAUUUCAUUCUUUUGGGUGCUGAUCCUGAAAAGGCUGUAGGACCUCAGGACCUGAUCCAUUUAUGUGUAUGUCCUAUUCUAGUCCUAUGAAUGUUAGGAUCAAUGUCCUAUUAUUAUUCUAGUCCCAUUAAUAGAGUUCCAGGGUCAGACAGGGUUAGAGUUGCAGCUGCCCAUCUUUUGCUAUUUUGUUUAGAGACUGUCCUUUUUUGGGGAGCAACAUCUCACCAAGUUUGUUUUGAUUCCUUGCUUGGAAGCCAUAUAGAUCAUUAAGGUUCCCUUCUCCUCUUCUGAACAGUCCAAACGCAUAUUUAAAUAAAGAGGUAAUUUUUCCAACUCCAGCUCAAAGGCAGGAUUAUACCUGAAGGAAGAAUUUUGGUUCAGAAACCUCCCCCAGAAACUUCUAAAUCUGAUAGACAGGCUACCUGCUGAGAAAUGUGGGUGGGCUGGGAAAUCAAUUGGAAUACUAUCACAUAAAAUGUGUGCCAAAGCUGAGCACAGCAGUCAGAUAUCUUUUGCGCUCAGAAUACCCUGAAAUGCUCUAUGGCAGAGGUUCCCAAACUUGUUCUUAUUACGUACCCUUCCAGAUUUACCAACUGCCCGCAUACCCCUACCAACAUGUUUUAUAUUUCAACCCUUUAAAUGCUGAUUAUUAUUAUUAUGAAAAUUAAAUCUGCCGUUACACAAUUUCUCCUGCAGCCCCCCCAGAGAUGUCUUGUGUAUCCCCAGGGGUAUGCGUACCACAGUUUGGGAACCCCUGCUUUAUAGGAUAGUCACAACAGCCAGUCUAUGAGACAUUCAGACACUCUUAGGCCUUGAUCCUGUAUGUCCUUCUAUAGCAGCAAGGAGUGCAGAUACACAUAGCACGAAGGAGGUAUACAUUGGCUCAAGCGCAACUGAAAUAUGAAAAUAGUCCUCCAUGCUGUGCAGCAGUAAAUCCCCAGCCCCUUAUAUGCCCAUACCUUUACUGAAAAUAUUAAGAGAUCUGAAGAAGGCAAGGUUUAGUAGACAAUGGGCAUGUCUGAGGGAACCUAAUUUUUAAUGUUUCUAUAUAUUCCUUUGCAUGCAAAACAGAUGCUUGUUAUUUGUUCCUCUUUUGAGCUUUCCUUUGGCAACUAGAAGUAAGUUGGCAGCCAGGAAAGUUGUGUUCUCACAAACGCAGAAGCAGAUUUUCUGCUGCCCCUGUACUAUACUUGCAGCACUCUCCGCCUGUACUGGGCAGGAUCAAACCCUAAGUGUACAUACACACACAUCUGUAUAUACUGUAUAUCUAAAGUCAGAAUAAAUGUUCAGUCAGCAUGAAAGAUAUUAUUAGUGCCUACCACUGAUCAUUGGGGACAUGUCAUUGAAUGGUCAUAUCACCUCUCACAUGUAGUAAUCGUUAGCAAACUUAUGUGUGCAGCCAUUAAUUUACAAGCAAUGCGCUUGGUACUGUGCAGUAGUUUGCCUUUUGUAAUGCAAAUUUCCAUUGGUUUUCAUAGCUACUGAUCUAAAUCUGCAUCCCCAAAAUGCCAGGAUUUUUUUUUCUAAAAGAGGACAUACAGUUAGUCCUGGCUAAUCUGUGCUUAUUUUAUCUACCCAAGAGACUUAAACAGUCACGAGCCUUAACACAUGUACAAUAUGUGCUACUGAUGACUUAGUCCAAAUGAAAUUGCAAUUUGCAAACUGACUUGGAUUAUCUGUGUCUGCCACUGCAGAUGUGCCACUAAAUGAUUCAUGGUUUUAAGCAAAAGAGGUUGAAUUUUAUGUAAAUAAUAAUGACUGAACUCUUUAAUCUUUUUACAAGAAGAUUUUAAAAAGAAAACAACGUGAAAGCAAUAUGUAUUUUUUACUCUUCAAAAUUUUGUGAGGGUUUGUGGUUCCUGGUCUAAGCUCCAUUAACUACAUUUUCCAUCUACAGUACUCUGCUUUUACAUAAUCCGCUUAAUGUUUAAUAUGUCAAAAAGAAAUGUUUCUUUUUUAGAAUUAUUGCAACACACCCUCCCCCCAGUCCAGUGGAGAAUACUCAGACUGAAAAAUAAAGUCUCUUGGCACAUUGUUGGCACUGUAGAAAUAAAAACAAUGCCUGGAAAGAAUAUGAAUUUGUUAAGAUAAUGAUAGAAGUUGGCUGGCAUGCAUCUAAACUGCCUCUCAUUUUGAUAACCUUGCACUUACAUCACGUACUUGAACUCAUUCUUUAUUUGGACAGAGAGUGCUUUCUGGGUUUUUUUAUCUUGUAAAUAUGUUCCAGGUCAGAGCACCAUCAUAUCCAUAAUUAUUACAUUAUUUGAUUUACUGGUUAUAUACCAAAGCCUGGCAAGCUUUAUAACAAUUGGUAAGGCUCAUGAAUUCAUUCGGGAAAGCAUCUGGAUGUUUGUUUGAAUCUAGUCCAGUUAUACAAAUAUCUCAGUUGAGAAAGCUGUCAGAAAAACUUGUAAGAACAGUGUCUCUCACGAUAUUUUUCAGCAUGAAAUCCUGGCCUAUUGAAAUUUAUGACAGAAACUCCUAGUGCUUUCAAUAGGGCCAAGGUUCCCUCGCCAGCAUUUAUUAAUUACCAUUUUGUAAGUUCUGUUCAAGAUCAACUAGGAAGUCACUUGGGACCUUAUGUUCCCCUUCACCCACCUAAGACAAAGGACAUCCUGAGAUAGGAAACACUCAGUUUCAACUUAGUAUUCUCUCAAAAAGGCAUCCAUAGCCCAUACUCUACCAGGAAGAAGUCAAAGUUCAGCUGAGAAUCUCAGAUCUUGCCAGAAAUUCUUCCUUUGCCUCCCCACUGCCACACCUGGACCUAUCUGAUCAUUCUUGCCCUCGAACAUGCCCACACUCCCAGCUGGGUUCCAGAGGGGAAAGCAGAGAAAGUAAGCAUAUGUUUCACUCACUUGCACUACUUUCUCCCACAACGUGAGCAGAUAAGACAAAGCCAGCUUCCUUCUUCCAAUUCUGUGGAGUUCAAGUCCCACAAGCUUUGCAACUCUCCCCCCUUCCCCGGGCCACCCCUCGCCAACCCUAUAAGGGUCUCUGUAGGAUCCUGGGGAAGCAGAGAGUGCCCAGAAGUUGACAUUUCAUUUGUCUGAGGGCACAGUCUCCUUUAAUACAUGAACAUGGGGUGGGGGUGAGCAUGGGCUUAAAAAUCAGGCUGGGCCUCUGUUGGAAACUGAAUAAAAUGUGGGUAACAAUACUGAUCCAUCUCGUAGGGCUUUAUGGGAAUUAACUCUGAGCUGUCCAAAUUCUGAGUGGCUGGGAGAUGCAAGUUAACCCCUUGAGGCUGAAUGGAGCAUGCAGGCUGCCAAUUGGACAGCCCUGAAUUAACAUAUGUAAAACACAUUGCACUCCUUGGAUGAAAGGUGCAAUAGAAGUUCUUAAGAUUAUUGUAAAAUGCUCAGUAGUAUUGAUGAACUUGAGCUUUGGGUAGAGGGCCACUACUGGGACCUCUGCAUUAUUUAAAUCCCACCGCACCUCUCAAAAUAAGAUAACCAUGAUAAGCAGGUCUCACAUUACACCCCCAAUAGAAAGAUUAAGUAUUAUUAGUAUUACUUACUUUCAUUUGGCUCAGAAAUAUCAUACACAUAGCCUUUCAUGAAAUAUUUAUACUUUGAUCCUAACUAAAACCAAAAAAUACCAAGAGUCACAAAAAUGUAAACUGGGGGGGAAAUAUUUAACCAACCUGAACUUAACCUAUAAAAAAGAGCUCAGAUGGAUUUUUAAUCUCUGAGACAUUUUGAUUUCUGUGAAAGAAACACUUUUUCACCUGUUAUUUUAAGUUUAUUUUCAAUCAACAGAGUCGUCAAUGCCCAAAUAAUUCGUUUUCCCAAAUCAAGAUUCAUGUAACUUUGAGUCAAGACAUAUUUUUAGAGAGGUGCCUCACAGAAAAGACUAGUCACUUCAUGUAGCUCAAGAAAAAUUACAUAAUUAUCCUAAUAAAAUAUCUCCCUCCAUUCAUGAUUCAGCUAUAAUUAAUUAGCAGGGUAAGUCAACUGGGGGUUAAAUUUUCUGCAUAAUGCUCAGGGAGUUAGACUCUCAACUCCCAUUAACAUUAAUAGAAAUUACAUGGUUAUAGCCUCAGGCUCUGUGUUGACAAUUUGCCUCUAAAGGCCUUUUUUUGAGGAAUGCAUACUAAUUGAGUCAGCAAAGAAGUCAGUGGGCAGGUCUACACAAGAUGCUUCAAGCUCAGUAGACUAAUUGUACCUCGCACUAGCACAGAGGCAAAACCUGUGCUAACGCGCUAAUACAAAGUAGAAUUAGUCUUCUGCUCAUUAGCGUCACCAAAAAAGCAUGCACUGUGGCUAAUGAGCAGUAGCGCCGAUUACAGCGCAUUUAGGUAGUACCUGUACUUACAGAUACUAAACUUAAUGCACGGUAAUUACAGUGCAUUAAUGAGCAUGUAGAUGCAGCCAGUAUUACUCAGAACUUAAGACUGUGGUCUCUGUAUGCCAGGAGACAUUUGAAAGAAAACCCUUCAUGUAGAAGAGAGAUUGCAUUUACACAAAGUAAUGUCAGCUGUCUUGUCAUUUUUUAGUACAAUCUUUCCUCUAUUUUUGGAAAUAUUUGUGUUUUAAUACUGGCUUUCUUCCCCAUUAUCUAGAUUGAAAGCCUUUUUCUACCUUGUGACAAAUAUAACUUCAGUUUGCAUAAAGAAAUGCCUGAUGACACAGGUACUUCCACCUUCUUCCAGAAAACACAUUCAUAAAUCCAUAAAUUAAAUCUGUGUAAAAUAAAUCAGUUAAUUUUUCAACCACUCAGUCCUACCUUUUUUCCUUCCCCUCUCCCCCGGGGCAUAUAUGAGAUCUCCCAGCUCAUCCUAGUUCUAGAGAAAUGGUUUUCAACCUGUGGUCCACAGACCCCUGAGGGUCCACAGACUAUGUCUAAAAGGUCUGCAAAAGAUGACUAUGAUCAAUCAAAAGUAUGUGAAUACCAACACUUACAAUUCAAAGGGGUCUGUACCUCCAUUGAAAAUUUCCAAAGAAAUCCACACCUCCAUUUGAAUUUUUUUUAGUGGUCCACAAAUUUAAAAAAAUGUUGAAAACUGUAGAGAUUUUCUUCAGUAUCCCAGUUCUUGAUCAUUGGGUUGCAGGGGUAGACAGGAGGAUAAGGGAAAAGAAGGUACUUCCCAGGGACCAGCUACUUAUAUUCUCUCAGGUUUGUUUGCCUUUCUAACCCCCUUGUGAAAGUAAAUAGCACCUCCUCCCUACCAAAAAAAGUCUUCCCUUUCCUGAAUGGGAAAGGAGAGUUUUGCUUACCACAUACAGAAGCCAUGAUUGUCUGCCAUUCCCCAGUGACAUGCAGGAUUAUGGAAGAGCACCCAAUUAGAGGGGAGUUUCCAUGCAGAACUGUGGAAGGGACUGAAAGCCCUUGAAAUUGGAAGCUCUGACAUUACAUAUGAAACCCCAGUCUCUCUUUUACCAGGGCCUAACUCACAUGUAUUGAUUCACAUUGUGCCACGGAUUUGGAAUGAUGGACAUUGCUAUAUUAUGAACAUGCACAAAGAUGACUGGGAGUUCCUGGUAUCAUGUCUGUACAGGGAUUUAUUUUUUUUUAGAUGUUAGAGGGACCAAAGUCACACUUUCAACACUAAGUAACUGAUUCUGUACUUCUGUGACUGUGGAACACCCAGUGAAAUCAAUAAAAGUCCCAGGAAACUUAUUGUGGCAGAAUAAGGCUCAGAUAAAAGAAGUAUUAGGAUAAAGUGCAUAAAGAUAAAUAUAUUUAUGCCUGAUGCACUCAAGAGCACUUUCACAUGUAUUAGACCUGCAUUAGUCCUGACCAGCUCAGUUCCCGUGGUCAACAAACCAAUAAGAUCAGUGGUUACACCAAGUUGAAAGCAUCUUCAGUCCACUAAAAUAACUGGUAUUAAGGAAAUAUGUCUUACAAUGUAGCAAAUAUUCUAAUAUACUAGCUCUUCAUGCAAUAUCUAAACAUACAAUUGCCUCUCCCUAAAGUGGAGAAGAAACUUUUCUAUGGACCAUGACAAAAACAAGCUUGACUAUUUUAAUCACAGGGCUAUAUUUUGUAAAUGCUGGUACCAUCUAAUUGAGAGGUAUGUUGCAUCUUUUUUCUAUAAGUUUAGAGGCAUGUUGUUGGCUCAUUCUGUGAUGCAAACUCCAACCAACCAACAGACAAAAUUUCAAAUUCAUCCAUGUUCAUCAGCCUAGAAAUAAAUGACAGGCCAUGUAUUGCCCUUGGCUCACCUGCAAAACUCCAAGUCAGUAGAAGUUCUGUCUAAAGCUCAAGGCUAGAAAGUAGCCUUCAGAUUUUAAUAGGUUGGAAAUUCAUCUCUUUUUAAUGCAAUCUCAUUAUCACAUAUUGGCUACAAUAGGCCAUCUUAUAACCACUGUAGCAAAAUACGGCAGUUAUAAAUAUACAGACUUCAUUUACAUCAACUUCCUUCAUUUUCUUCUAUUUAUUAUUAUUAUUAAUUAACAUCUGUAUUACAGUAGCACCUACAAGCCUCAUUCAAGCAAGGAUUCUAUUGUGCUAGAGACCAUAUGUGAACAAAGGGUGGAUCCUGGUCCCUGCUCCAAAGAGCUUACAGUCUGAAAAAAGAAGACAUAGCAGAUGGAUGAGACAAACAAAAGGGUGGCAGGGGAUAGUAUACUUGAGUGACAACAAUAGGAAGUUUUAGAUAGAGUGGCUGUAUGCUCAAUUCCUACACAAUCAGUAGCACUAAUAAUCCUAGAAAUCAUUUUCCUGUCUGAUUAUUAUGUUGACUAAAGUUUAUUAUACAACAAAUGUGUACUAGCAGUUGUCUGACCUGGCUGAGCAAACUCCUGUUUUCUGACUGGGAUUAUUUUUCUAACCAGAUGCUUAAACUCCACAUAUCAUUUAUGCCAACAACUGUCAGCAGAUUCCUGUAAAUUGUAAUAGUAUAAAAAUCAAUAUCAAUUUAGCUCUAUUCAUAGAUGAUUAAACAUUGUUUUAUGUUUCUCUCUGAGAGUGUUCUAUUUUAGUACUGGAGCCAUCACCAAGACAGCCAAAGCAGUAGCAGUUCACCUUUUUAGUGAGCAUUCUGGACUUGGCAUAUUUUAGUACUUUCAGAACAUAAGCAGAAUUCUUCUACAUGUCCCUAUAUAACAGGCAAUAUUGUUUACACACUUGAGCAAUUUAAUAAAUGGGAAUAUUCUGUACAGUAAUUUAUGUUGUAAAAUAUGUACAUAUAUUAUUGUAGCAUUCAUUAAUAGCUUAAAAUGCUUUAUUUAUUAGAUCAUUUGGCAUUUUCCCUCAUUCUAGAAUACUUGAAAUUAUUUUUCUCUGACAUUAGGUUAAUUUUUGACUAUUUGCUACUGCAUUUUGACCCAGUAAAGGAAAAAAAAUAUUCAGUAGUUACACUAAGUAGGUAUUUUAAAUUUAAGUAGGAAUAGUAAAUUCACUGUCCAUCCAAAUGAUAUAUCUCUGAUUAUGACUAAAAAUAAAAAAUCUUAUACUCUUAUCUGUGUAUUAUAGUAUAUGCUAGAAAUCACAAUUAAUGCAAACAAGAGCUUUAGUAACUUUCACCUAUUCCAUUCUUUCUCUUUGAGACAAAAAUAAUAAACCAUUUAAUCUAAAAUGAUCCCCUUGAGAUCUCUGUUCUCAUUUCUUCCUCAGGCAAAACUCACAUUGGUUUCAAUAAGAGUUCUGACUAAGUGACAUACAAUGUAGGGACCUGAAAAAUAUUAAACAUCUGUUAAUAACAGUGUUUGUACUUGAUAGUCACUUGUUUUUUUUUCUUUGUAAGAAACAGUAAAUAUUGUAUCUUUAUUAUUCUCUGUCUUUCUUUUUCCUUGCUGUAAAAGGGCAAAACAUUAAAGAACAACUGUCUUUGUUCCAUUUCAGUUGAGCAAAAUAUUAAGCUUAAAGUGCAUCAGUCCCAUUUCAAGUUAAACAAAAAGAUUAUUCUGUUUGCUUUUACUUUAGACUCUGUUACACAAUUAAAUGAGACCAUAUGUACAAAGGUGAUGAAAUUAUAGACCAGUUGUUCUACUGUUUGGAGAUUUUGCUGUUUCUACAGUUCGUACAAAACUCAUGUAGCACAGUUUCUGGGAUGGUGAAAAAUCCUACUGUAAUGUAACAGAAUGAGCCUUAAGGAUUUGUAAGAAUAAGCACUUUUAUAUGAAAAAGCAAAUAUUAAUUCAUCAGUAAGAUUACUUUUUUAAUGUGACAAUAAACCAUUAAAUCAACAUC